AUACGAACAACGCCACGCCCUUCACGCAUUCAAAAUUUUGAAGCUUUGAUUGUUUUCACAUCCAUCUCUCUUUCUCCCCCCAAAGCUGUAAAUCUGUACAAGCCUUUAACUUUCCCACUCACAACACCACAACACUUCAUCUUCUAGUAAUGGCUUUUGCCGCUCUUGCUUCCCACCUCCGCUUCUCGUUCAAUCCUUUUCUUUCUCUUUCCCUAUCUCUGCGUCCCAAACAACUCUCCUGAAUAAUUUCUUUCUAAUUACUAAUUAUGGGUUUCCUUUCUUGCAAUGCAGAGUCUGCAAUAGCAACCUGUGAUCCCUACAACUGGGAUCGCAGGAAUAAAACCAAACUCAUUAAGAUAAGGGACUUCACUUACCCGGAACUAGUAAAAGCCACCAAUGGGUUCUCCGCGGAGAGUUUUCUUGGGAAAGGCAGCCACGGCACUGUUUAUAAAGCUUGCCUCGACGACGGCAGGCUUAUAGCUGCCGUCAAGAAAACCUAUCCUAACCUAUCAAUAGCUAUCCACAGCAACUGCACCACUUGCACAACUCCUGCAGAGAACGAGAUUGAGAUACUCUCCAGAGUACAUCACCAGCGGCUAGUUAACCUCAUAGGCUCCGGUGAAGACUCUAAAGGCCGUAAAUUACUAGUUGUAGAGUACAUGCCAAAUGGUUCUUUAUACAGUCUUUUACACUGUAGCUCCAGACCGCCCAGUUGGACCAGACGUGUCCAGUUUGCUUUGCAAAUAGCCAAGGCGGUUCAAGCUUUGCACUUAGCUAACCCGCCGGUGAUUCACAGAGAUAUAAAAUCGUCAAAUGUGUUGAUCGACGAGAGCUGGAACGCGAGGCUCGGAGAUUUCGGACUAGCAUUGAGAGGACACGUUGAGGACGUACGCAUCAAGUGCACGCCACCAGCGGGGACUUUAGGAUACCUCGACCCUGGCUAUCUCGCACCUGGCGAUUUAAGCACCAAGAGCGACGUGUUUAGCUUCGGAAUCUUGCUGUUGGAAGUGAUCAGUGGGAGAAAUGCAAUUGAUGUCAACUACAGCCCUCCAUCUAUCGUCGACUGGGCGGUUCCGUUGAUAAAGCGCAGGGAUUUCUCCGCUAUUUGCGAUGAUAGAAUCGGGUCGCCGGUCGACCCGGGAGUGAUGGACAAUCUUGCAAUAUUGGCGGCAAGAUGCGUGAGAUCGACAGCGGAGAAGCGUCCCGGGAUGGCAGAGAUAGUUGAGGGAUUGAAAAUUGCGAGCAAGAGAGUUAACGCGCCGCACAUAUGGAAUCGUUUGAGGAGGAGCGUGGGACUAGUGGAAGAAUCGCGGACAUUGAAGACGGUGAUUGAUUCAAAUGAAGAGGUAAUUAACGCUGACAAGACGAUUAGAGGAGGGAGCAGAAGAAACAGGAAAGUGUCGAGUGUUUCAAGUGUAGGCUCUGAAAAUGAACCGAUUCAGUGGGUGAGGGAGCGGGUGAUUAGAUCAAAAUCAACAGGUUCAUUCGGAGAGAUUAAAAUGGGUAGGUUCGAUUCAAGGAAAAAAGCAGUGAAAAUGCCAGUAGUGAAGCUGAGCAAGUCAAGGUCCAUGGGAAUACUGCAUAGUCCACAGCUUCUACGCUACAAAAACAAUAUAGGAAUUGGCCUUGAAAUGAAGAGAGUGAUAGAUUCCAGAGAAGUUGAGUCCUCAAUGUCAAAGCUAUUGAUUGGGUUGGACGAGAAGUCGGAGAGGGAGAUGCAAGAAAAGCCAUUGGUCUCCAUUAUCUAAAAAGGUGUAGAAUUUGUUGCGAGUUGAUGAAUCUGGAGUACACGAUCCACAUGGGUUUUGUUUAUUGGGAUUCAUCAACCUGCAAUAUAAACUGAUCAACUCUACAGGAUUGAUCAGUUCAGACAUUUUUUACUUUUUUUUUCUUUUGCAUUAAACUUGUUUUGAAGUUUGUAAUCUGAGAAUGUCGUCAGACAUUUUCUACAAGUUUUCAGAAGUUGAAUAAGUGAUUAGGAUUUAGAAGCUAGUUAAGAUUGUUGUGGAUUGUACUAGCCAAUGAUAUACUGCAUACAGUUGCUGAAUAUAACAAUCAGCUCGAGAGAUAUUUUCUCACUA